AAACUGAUGACUUGCAAAGAUUAGUAGGAGGAAAAGGUGGAGCAACUACACGCCGCACCCAAAACUCCUCCCUGUUUUAUAUGCAUGGAUUCCUCUUGCGAGCGUUAAAGCAAACGACUUGUGUGCGAAGCAUUGCGCUGUGCCUCACGCUUCGUCUACGCGUCGCACCGCUCGCUUUCCCACACAAUUUAUUAGGUGGAAGUUGAAGACUUUGGGUUCACAGGCAUAACGUCGAACAUCGGCGCUGCAAGUCAAACGGCUAUUUGUAGACGUAAAGGCGAAGCCUUUGGACUCUCGAUCACAAGUCUAAUUCUCAAGACUCACCAUGGCGAGCAAGCACGGGGUUGGCAUCGCCGAUCACCAGCGCAUCCACCCGGCCGACAUCGAGGCUCCCCCGCCGCAUCCGCCAUCCACGGCCACGGCCACCGCUCCUCUCGUCCCUCGCGAGACCUGGAGGUCGGACAAGGGCGACCCGGAGUACCGCCGCAGGGGUGACCUCCCCCUGCCGCCGCCGAAGAGGCGGCGCCGCGGCGGGUGCUGCUGCCGGUUGCUGUGCUGCGCGUUCUGCGCCGCGGUGGCUCUGGCCGUCGCAGUGGCCGUCACGGCAGGGGUGCUGUACCUGGUGUUCGACCCCAAAUUGCCGAGCUACUCCGUCGACCAGCUCCGCGUGGCGGCCUUCGGCUUCGACGCCAACCUCACGGCGCGGGCGACAUUCGACGUGACGGUGACUGCGACGAAUCCCAACAAGGGGAUCGGUAUCUACUACGAGCGAGGCUCGAGGCUCAGCGUGCUCUACGCCGGAUACGAGCUGUGCGAGGGAUCGCUGCCGGCGUUCUACCAAGGCCACCGGAACACGACGGUGCUGGCUGUGGGGCUGACGGGCGAAGCUCGGCUGGGGAGCGAGCUGAUGCGUGAGUUGCUCCGGCAGGAACAGAGCGGGGCAGUGCCUCUGGACUUCGCCGGCGACGUGCCGGUGCGGGUGAAGCUUGGGAGCUUGAAGCUGUGGAAGGUGACGUCGAGGGUGCGGUGCGCGCUGGUCGUGGACAGUUUGAACACCAACGUGCAGAUCAAGAUCAGGAGCAGUAGCUGCAAAUUUAGUUUUAAACUCUAAUCCAUCUACAUAUUUGAUUAAAUGCUUACGGAUUGUAUUCUCUCGCACUGUUCAUAUUUUGGUUAGAUCAGUCUCCCUUCCGUGCUAGUCACUAUUUCAAAGAUUAAUAGUUGUUCAUGAUU